CUGGGGUGUACAGCCAUCCAUUCCCCCUCUCGAAGCCUGCGAUCAUACAUGCGAAUGAAAAAAUGAAUAUGGUCCAGGAUUAACGGCUUGAGGUGGGCUUGACGUGAGGCUUGGCAGUCAUCGUCAGCUAUGUAUUCAAGGCAAACAGUGAUAGCAGCUUCAUCUCUGAGCAAUGCCGAAUCACUAUAUCCUGGUAGCGACACUAUGUUCAGCCCUAUGAGCCUUCAAAGCAUUCAUGGUGCGGACAGUAUGCAGCUUCUUGAGAGGUAUCAAAUUGGCGGCGCCGGCGCGUCAGUGAAACCUACCGUGGAAGUUUACUCCACCAAGUCAACCGGAUCUUCAUUUACCAAGCGGGAUUCUACCACCGAGAUCCCCGGGAUAACUAAGCCAUUGGAUCUGACCCCUUCAAAAUGCAAAUCCAGAGUGUGCUAUCCAGGCUCUUACGGAGGACCGAAAAAAACCGAUUGCGAUGCUAUUGUUGACGCACAGCUCUACCAUUCAGUUGGAAGCUUAACAGUCAAACCUGGUAAUUACGUCCUUGUCUACGCCGGAACCUGUGUGGUCGUCUUCCAACAUCCAAUGGGCAAGGGCGACAACAACUUGACCUUCGACUAUAAUUGGUCCAAAUUGGGGCUGGACAUCAUUGAGAUCCAAAAGAAAUGCGACAAGCCAGAGGCUUUGUCUAUCGGUGGCGCAUGCCGAAUUAAGCGUUACUUGCAGUAUAAUUUCGAUAAUAUCCUUAUCAGCCUGCAACGAUAUGUCGCACCAGAAAACCCGCAAACGCCAAUUAAGCCAGCUCCGCCGAGCAUUCCAGGAAAUUCGGAAAAGCCAGGAAAUUCAGGAAAUUCAGAAAAGCCAGGAAAUUCGAAGCCAGUAAACUCGAAGCCAGGACAACCGGAAAAGCCAGGACAGCCGGAAAAGCCAAAAAACCCACCACAGUCACAAGACGCCGCUCCUAAGCCUUGAGGCGUUUCCCCUCUCCUAUCCCAUUGUAGUGACCCAUCCAUUGCUCCGGACGAGGAAGUUGCUCCAAAGUAGGGUUCUGUUUAGUGUGGUGUUGUAUGGGCUUGAGCCCAAAAUGUUGUGUAGUAUCGUGUCUUCAGUCUCCAUGAAGACUUCGAACAUAAAGGACAAUCAUUCGGAAAAGAGUCCUUCUUUUGUUUUCCUUGAAUUAACUCAAAUAAACACCUGGUCAGAAGAUGAUCAAGG